AUGACAAUAGUUGCAGAAGGAGCAAAACUGGUGCGAGUGCAUCCAGAAAAAGUUCUAGAGUUCCCAUUAGUACUUUAUAGCUCUGUGACAUGCCCACUAAUGCUUGAAAAUAUAACAUCUUCAACAGUAGCAUUUAAGAUCAAGACAACAGCUCCGAGAGGAUAUUUAGUUCGACCUAGUAGUGGUAUAAUUUUACCAAGUCAAACAAGAGAAGUUCAGAUAAUUUUACAACCAUUGCAAUCUGUUGAACAAGCAUCUCAAUCACAUAGAUUUUUAAUACAGACAACAUUAUGUGAUAAUAGUGUAGAACAGCUCCCUAAAGACUUUUGGCAAGAGGUUAAUAAGGAUCAGAUAUUUGAACAUAGAUUGUCUGUAAUAUUUAAACAAGAAACUCCAGCGGAUACCAAUCCUGGGAGUAUAGAUUUAUCUAAAGGUUCAUUACAUCCUGGGUCACAGUCAGCAUCGUCAUCUAUAAUAACUAAUCAAGGUGUUCAUUCAGGUGAUAUUGAUCUAAAAAAUAAAUAUGAUGAACUUGUACAAUAUUGUCUUGCUUUAGAAAAGCAAAGUAAUGAACUGAAGGGAGAAGCUGCAAUUCUCAGAGAAAAGUUAGAGAAGGCUGAGAGAAAUGUAGUAAAUAAUAGUACACAAGGUGCCCAAGGUAUUGAGUUUUGGCAUGUAGUAGCAAUGGUUUUUGUUGCUAUUGUUGCUUUGAAACUUAUUAACUAUUAA